GAGCAAUUGAUUACUUGUUCCAGAACAUACACCAGGGGAAACUGGAAGCAACUCUCGUUGCUGAACCCUCUCCAAAAUGCGUGAAAUUGUGCACCUUCAGAUCGGACAGUGUGGAAACCAAAUUGGAGCUAAGUUCUGGGAAGUCAUAAGUGAGGAGCAGGGAAUUGACAGCACUGGAAACUAUUGUGGUGACUCAUCACUGCAGCUGGAAAGAAUUAAUGUGUAUUUCAAUGAAGCCUAUUCCCAUAAAUAUGUUCCUCGCGCUAUCCUAGUAGACCUGGAGCCCGGCACAAUGGACAGUGUACGAUCCAGCAAAAUAGGCCCACUCUUUCGACCUGAUAACUUUAUCCAUGGGAAUUCUGGUGCUGGUAACAACUGGGCGAAAGGUCAUUAUACUGAAGGCGCUGAGUUGAUUGACAGCGUAAUGGAUGUUGUGAGGAAUGAGUGUGAGGGCUGCGACUGUCUCCAGGGCUUUCAACUCGUCCACUCCCUUGGUGGUGGAACAGGGUCUGGAAUGGGCACUCUCCUGAUCAACAAGAUCAAAGAAGAAUACCCCGACAGGAUCAUGAACACCUUCAGCAUAGUACCAUCACCCAAAGUAUCAGACACUGUUGUGGAGCCAUACAAUGCCGUCUUAUCGGUUCACCAGCUGAUAGAGAACUCAGAUGAGACCUUUUGCAUUGAUAAUGAAGCUUUGUACGACAUAUGCUUUAGAACUCUGAAGCUUCCCACUCCAACUUAUGGGGACCUCAACCAUUUGGUGUCCCUCACUAUGAGUGGUGUCACCACCUCGCUCCGCUUUCCUGGCCAGCUCAAUGCUGACUUGAGGAAGCUAGCAGUCAACAUGGUGCCUUUCCCUCGACUCCACUUCUUCAUGCCGGGCUUUGCUCCAUUAACAGCCCGAGGCAGUCAACAGUAUAGAGCUCUCUCAGUUCCAGAGCUUACCCAACAGAUGUUUGAUGCACGUAACAUGAUGGCAGCCUGCGACCCACGGCAAGGGCGGUAUUUGACUGUGGCGUGCAUCUUCAGAGGCCGAAUGUCUACCAGGGAAGUUGAUGAACAGCUGUUGUCCAUACAGACCAAGAACAGCAGCCACUUUGUGGAAUGGAUUCCCAACAAUGUCAAAGUGGCCGUAUGCGACAUCCCACCUUGUGGGCUGAAGAUGGCUGCCACCUUCAUUGGCAAUAACACAGCCAUACAGCAGCUCUUCAGUAGGGUCUCUGAGCAGUUCUCAGCAAUGUUCAGGAGGAAGGCCUUUCUCCACUGGUAUACUGGAGAAGGGAUGGAUGUGAUGGAGUUUUCUGAAGCAGAAGGCAACACUAAUGACUUGGUGUCCGAGUACCAGCAGUACCAAGAUGCCACAGCAGAUGUAGAAGAAUAUGAGGAGGUAGAAGAAGAAGAAGAAAAGAGCAAAGAGGAAACGGAAAAUAUUUAAAAUGAUGAUGUUGGGACAUUACCCUUAAAAGCAUGCUGGCUACUACCAAUAUGGUGCUGGACUCACCUGCUUUUCUGAAAGAAUGCUUAAUAUCAUUACAGUAUAUUGAAUGCAACAGCAUCCCCCUCCCUUUAAAUCAAGACUCCAAAAUCUAUAUUCUGGAACAAAUUGUCCUGCAUACAGCUUUGUUUAAAUUAACGUCAAAGAAUCAAAGCAGUUUGUGCCACUUCUGAAUUAGUGGCCUUGACUAUUACGGCAAUUCAAACAGAAAAAAAUUAUAAGCAUACCAGUAUUCUUAUUGGAUGUAUGAAUUGAAAGGACAUACCCAAGAGCUUCUGGAUAAAGCAUUUAUGUUAGUGAAUCAGAUCACAAGAGAUUUCACAACAGCUCAGACAGCAAUAAACAUUAAGACCACAGUUCUGUUCUUGUCAUAACAAGCAACAAUUAUUGAUUUUGCGGGGAGACAGACAUUUUCAUCUGCAUCAAAAGACACAUCCAGCCUCUUGAGUGGGACCUAGAUGAUCACCACAGUGUGGGUGCAGAUGGUCUGUAUAUACAUCCCUUGGUUGAAUCAGGGUAACGAAGUAUCAGUAUUUAUUGCUUCUCUUGUCCAAACACCACUCUAAUGCUGCACUUGAGCAAGACUGUUGUGCUAGCACAAGACUGUUACACUAAGCCUAAAUCUUGCAUCCCACACUAGUGUAACACAACCUGUGGCAUGCCUCCUGUUUUGCAAGGAACCUUUGCACAAGAGCACAAUUCCAAAAAUCCCUGUGACUUAGCACAGCUACUUAAACUUCUUGCACUAGCACAAUUGUAUUCAUUGCUCAAGUGAUGCAUCAUUGCUCAGCCAAUGCCUCAUUGCAUCAUUGGUCAGCCAUCCUCUUAGAUUCAUUGGACAUGGAAAUUUGUUAAUUGCCACACAAGAUAUUCAAAUCUGUGUAGCUGUUUUCAUCAGGAUUCAUUCUCCUGUUUGUGUUUGUGCUACUGCGGGCCUCUAACACAUGUCGACACUGCUGCCCAAGAGGGCAGGCUGCAUACUAUUUGCAUUAUUCCCAAUGCAAGUGAUGCACAACCUGCAACUGUGAAAGGGUAAAUUGUACUGGAACAGCCCUCUUGCGCUGCAGCAGCGCCAUAUUGGUUAGAGCCCUGCAGCUGCGGGACAUAUUAGCCAAUGCCAACAACUUCCCCAUCACUUAGUACUUAGAGGCCUAUUUCUUCUGAGUUUCCAUUUGGCUGUGAUGGCUUAUAGUUCUGAUAGACCUAUCACCCACUAAUUUAUUUUUAAAGCCAUCUAAGCUAGCAGCCAUCACAAUCUCUUGUGUUAGUGAAUGUAACAAAUUAUGUGUUGUGUGAAGAGAUACUUCCUUUUGUCUGUCCUGAACCUACUGUUAAAACAGUCUUCAUAAGAUGCACCUACAGUAUUAUUGUAGGGUUAAGGGGCCUUCCUUUCACCACUGAAGUCAAGGAGUGAAUUUUCAAAUUACUUCGGUUAAGUCAGGAUUGCCCUUUAUAAGUUGUAGACUUCAAACCAUCUUUUAGAGUAAAUCAAAUAUCUUAAUGGAGCUCCAGUGGGAUGAGAAGCAUGAAGUGGUUUGAAAACUGCUGUAUAUUUUAGUAGUGCUUAACUAUUUAUGCAAUAUGUAUUCUUGUAAUGGAUUUUUAGUGGUUGUAUGUAGUUGACUAGUAAAGUUAUUCUUAAAUGCAGCUUGUAUAUUGAAAAAGAAGCAAGGCCCCAUUGCACUUUAAAGAUUCAUCAAAUUGUCAGAGGUGAAAUAGAAGUGCAGCCUUUAGAUACCAUGUAUUUGGGAAUAAGCUGUCCUGAACUCAAAUUUACUUCGGAAUAAGUAUAGAGAAGUAAAUGUUAAAUUCAGAUCAUGGGACCAGAUGGGCAUAAAGUAUAAGGGAUAGCAGAAGAUGUGUCACAUUCCUAUGUAGAGCCCAGAUGUGUACAAGAUAAAAGUCACCAUGACCCACACUGAAAUAGCACCUAAGGAGAUAAACAGCAUAGUAAAUUGACUGAUUACUUGCUUAAGUGCCAUCAAGUCGGUGUUGACUCUUAGUGACCACAUAGAUAGAUUCUCUCCAGAAUGAUCUGUCUUCAACCUGGCCUUUAAGGUCUCUUAGUGGUGCAUAGUAAAUACCACCAUCAAUACCUAAAGGACAAUCACUUUAUUUCAUGGUUGUCCAAAGCUUGCCCACUAACUGUUAGCUGUCAUGGACUCUUGUUGAUUUUGCUAACACAGACGAAACACAGCUACUGCUCUAGAAUUAUUUCUCAUAGGGGACCUGCAUUUCUUUACAGAGAUAUAUGCCAAAACAGCAGUGCUGGAGGAAGCUUUGACAGAAUGCAUAGGCUAUUCUUCCCUGCCUGACUUUCAAAGGGUUCCAACACAAAACUCUCUUUUCAAGCCCACUAAGACCUCUUAUGCACUCUGAUUUUUUUUACUCAAUGUUUAGUGCGAACAAGCCGUGGUUUGCUGCUUUUUGUUCCAAGUUUAUAUGACUAUUUAUGACUUUCCCUUUAUUAUAAAACUAGUUGUUCUCCACCACUGCCAAUCCCAUCCCCCCAAAAAACACCACCCCUGCAGUACAAGCAUUAUUUCCCUGUGUGAAUGAGAGCAGAAAUCAGAAAUUCUGCCACUGCCGUUUAGUUUGGUCAUAUGAUAGUUAUCACUGUAUAUAUUUAAGCUUUCACUGAAUACAGUACUUCGUUAUUAUUCUUUUAUUAUUGUUUUGAGCUUAAGCAAGGUUCUAAACAGUCCCUUAGCCGGGCACCUGAGAAGACUGUCUUCCUUUUGCUCACCACAUUUUUUAUCUCAAUGCAAUGUAGGCUAGGCUUGGAGAUUGUAUAACCUUGGUCUGUUCACUAUGAAUUUCAUGGUUGAGCAGGCAUUUGGAGCUGCAGUGAGGGUUGCUUUGGAGGAUGGUCAGGAUGAGGCCAUUCAUUAAAGGCUGCUGUUUGUGAGUUAUUUCUUGCGGGGGCGGGGGCGUUAACUAAGACUUAUACUUGUUGGCAUAAGCUAGCUUAUUUUUAAAAAAUACAGACUCAAUUACAGCUUAUUUCCUCUUUCAAAUGCCAUUUAUUUUAAUCAUAUUUAACCAAAGCAGACUUAAUUAUGUCAGCACAGGUCAGUCCACUUGUGUAGCAUGAAAUUUUGGGCAACAUGACACAGUGCUACUUACCCUCAACAAAUUAACUUACACUUCUGCAACAGAAAGAUAAGCAACAAAAAAUGCAUAGGAAAGCCUCUGUUCAUAUUUCCUGAACAUGGUGCACUUGAGCUAGCCAUUCCCAUCCGUAUGGCUAUCCCCACAGGGAUAUGAACACAGCACUUUCCAAUGUUUUGUUACUCUGCCAUAAAAGGGGGGGGGAGAACACAGUUCAGUUGUGUGGUAGUCAGAAUGUGGGGGGACCAUUCCUUAAUUAUAAAGGACAAACAAGCAAGGCCCAUUGUUGACCAGGCAAAGUCAUUGUGCAUAGACUGCACUUAUAGGCAAAUUCAAGAAAUUCAGCAUAUGUAAUAGAAUAUUUUAUUAAUGUGCUGGGAAAAGGGAAGAUAUUUAUGUUUAUGUAAACUGCUUUGGGGGACUUUAGUUGAAAAGCAGUAUAUGAUUAUCUGUCAUAUUUGUAAGUUUGCAAUUUGUAGGAUUUCAACUUCAAACAUUUAUUUUGACUACCAUAUAUGAUAAAUCUGAACAUGAGAAA